AUGGCGGAUGAGAAUGAGACAGCACCGAAGCCGGAGAAAGAAGAGGAGGUAGAAGAAGACCAUGGACAUUGCAGUGAUUGCGAAAAUGACGAGCAUCACUUUGAUGAUGGGUAAGGGUGCACACUUAUUUUUUAGCAUGCUAGAAAAUGUGUCAUGCUCCUGCGCUCGUUUGAAAGAUACGGUGCAAGCUAAGCUCAGCUGGGCUUGAGCAAACCCAAUUGAACUAAUCCCUCCCACCUGCUUUUGCAUGAUUGGUGAUAACGGUUUACUGAUUGCCUGCUUUUCGCUCUGAUUGGAUCUAAAUUGGUUAUGUUCCUGUUAUGGGCGGGGUUUCAUGCCGUUCCUCCUUUUGCUAUCAUCGCGAGGCAUAGCUAACUACCAUUGGGUCACUGUACAAGAAAUUGAACCAUAUUAUGAUCAAUUAAAUACAAUUAUGCGGUCAAGACCAACACAAAUCAGAUUGUAGUACAAUAUUAAACUGGAACACAUGGAUGUAGAAUAGAGACCAGCGUCCAAAUGUUAGAUACGACGUCUUAAGUCAAAUGCGAAACUGAUAACGUUAGCUAACUAGCUAGCCAGCUAUGCCUUUUUACGACGUUGACUUGUUAGUUGACUCCCGAACUUGUGACACUGUCUGUCAAAAACAAUCAACAUAUUAGGGUAAAUAAUUAUUCAUCGUCUGUCUUCCUUUUCAGCACAGCAACACCAGCAUGAUAGGUGCUAAUUUCUUUAGCAUAGUUGGGUCAUUCCUACCAUGCGGUUCCUUUUCUGUCCCCAGGAAAUGUCACUACUUAUUUAGUGUAAAAUGUGGAUUCCAGAAGGUUUUAAAUAUAAGGUCAGGUGUCCUUUACUUUAAUAAUAAUAAUGACAUUUUAAAAUCUUCAUUAUUUUACAGCCCUAGUUAAAUUCUCUCUCAUCAAUAACGUUUUUUACAUGAUUAUUGUAUUUAUUAUUAUUUCAGAUUUUCUGUGUGUCCCUGAUAUCAAGCCAAACAACACUAGUUUUGUGUCCAGUAACAUGGAGCCAAUGCAUGCUGAAUGAAAAAUUAGAGCAACAUAUGCAAGUCUAGUGUUGCUUGGCUUGCCAGCAUCUUCAAUAUCUAGGCAUUGCUCGCUAAUGAAGCUACUGUAUGUUUUCUCUGUCAAGGUCUAUGCAGCCUGACAUGUUUAAUCAAUUAGCUUUAUUUUGCCAGGAGAAAAUGAAAGUAACUGCUCCUAACAUUCCUUCUGUAAUUUGCCGUGUUGAACUUACCAUAUAGUACCAUGUAGCUAUCUUACAGCCCUUGUGUGGCUUGAUGAUGUCAGUGUGUAUGCGAGCAUCUGGAACCCUGCUAGGUAGCUAAAUAAGUUAACAUGAAUAUUACAUUUGAUAGCUAGUUAGCUAAAUGAAAAGCUGCUUUUAUAAAUUGGUGAUUAAAUUGUCUCUAUGGGAGCUGGCUAAUGAAAAUAGUCACUCUCAACCAACCACAAGAUGACCACCUCUUUUUCCUCUGAAUACCUAUUUAUUCUUGGGGAUACAUUUCCUUAAUGUUUCCUCCCCUUCUCUCUUCUGUCACACUGAAUAUUCACUCUGAAAGGUGUUGAUGCCUGAUCCAGUGUUAAAAUCAUAGUGCCAGUCAACACACACACACUGAUCUGUGUGUCCGGGAAAUUAAGGGUGAAUGGUUCUGGAUGGUAGUUAGGUUUGACUGCUGGAAUGGAAGCCUGUCGAAUAAGCCAUUGAAUGCUUGGUCCUCUAUUGUUCCUGUCAGUGUCCCCUUAACGUCCCUCAUACACACGUACAAACACACAUAGCCACACACUCCCCCCGGGGGGGGUCAUGUGAUUCACCAUCUGUCCUGGUGUUACAAAUACAGGCCUGUCCCUAGCCUCACUCCCCUCUCGUAUGCUAAUGCGAUUAUCCCCUGUUCUUGUAAGUAUGCUGCUGUCUCCCUGUCCCUGCCCUGCCCAGGAAAUGGGCCACAUGGUGGGGGCUCUUCUAGAGUCCUUGGUGAUCAGGGUAUGGAGGAAUAACUCCAACUUAAACUAGCUUGGCAAUAAACUGUAAAUGAUCUGUAUUUGUGACAAAAGGUCACCACAUGCUUGUUGCCAUCCUAUCUUAUAAGAUACUGGGUAUUCUAGGUUGGUAAUGAAGAGGACUGAAACAGUUGUGGCACUCUCCUGGCCUAUGGAAAGUCUUAUAGUUACAUGUUUUUUUUUUUUUCCUAUGGUAGUGACAAGGGCCAGGGAGAUGACAGCAGUGCCAAGAAGAAGAAAAACAAAAAGAAGAAGAAGAAGUCUGGGGCUAAUAAAGAACCUACAGAGGAGGAUCCGCUAGCCAAGGUAGAUGUAUGUACGUGUGUAGGCUACAUGAAUGAGUGUGGGGGCAAAUGUUUUUUCUUUGUGUUUGUUCUUUUGAGAGAGGAGUGCUAGAAAGACCGAUAUUGACUUAUUGUUCUGUAACUUUUGAAAACGGCCUCUACAAAACUGAAUGGGUAUGUUUUAAAAUGUCUGUGCAGACAUUGUUUGCAUUUGGCAAUUCGUUUCCUUUUCAACUCUACAUUACUCUCUCUCUCUCUACACAGGUGAACUCUCUGCCUGCUGAUAAACUGCAGGAGAUCCAAAAGGCCAUUGAACUGUUCUCUGUAGGCCAGGGCCCUGCCAAAACCAUGGAGGAGGCAAGCCGACGCAGCUACCAGUUCUGGGACACACAGCCUGUCCCCAAGCUAGGUAUGACAUUUGGCAGGGGUACAGAAAUGUCUCUCCAACCUCACAACCUUACUGUAGUGACUAGUAGGGAAUAGCACAUGUAACUGGGAUGCCGGGACUGUCCCGGGACCACUCUUCACAUUUCCCCAAAAAAUUAAAUGCCAAACCCUGGGAAAUUACAAAAUUUCCCCCCCAAUAUCGCACUAAUGCAAUUCCACAAAAUACACAACUUGUGCAGCAGCAGAUUGGGGAAAAAAUUAAAUGGCACAUCAUCCAAACAGGUUGUCUCAUGGAAGCCUUGAACCUAGCGCAUUUACUUCACAUGAAGUCGCCAUAAAUUCAAAGCACACGCAUCAUUGACACUGCCGGAUUGCACACGAGACCGAAUGCAGUUUAGAGUUCUUAUCCGAUGUGAAAAUACGAUCCCGGUCUGACCCAAGCCCGGUGAGCUGAAACCCCGAGCCCUGGUCCGACAUCACAGAAAUUUAAUGAACCUGAAAGAAUGCCUGAUUUCUAGGAAACAGUAGCCUAUAUUGAUUUAAACUGUUGUUGAGAACAACACAUCGGAGGCGGGCGGGCGGCAGCGGAGUGAAUAGACGAGGAAACUGCCAUUGUGCCUAGAAAAGCGCAGAAAAACUCACCUUAGUUAUACAAGUAGAUUUUGCUCUUCACUUGCAUAGUAGCCUGUUCUACUCCUGACCAAAAGCCUGUGUCUGAUCAAUGUGAUUUUGUUUCACUGAAUCUCUCUGUAUAUUUGGUUAAUUGAUCUCUGGUUGGACAAGUGGAUGUAGCUCAUUUAUUCGUUUGCUCAUCUAUCACUGAUCAGAAACUUUUAGCUUGCAAUAAUGAAGCCUAAAUCAAGUGUAUUACUGAUCUAUUGACUCACCUAAUAGCCAUAUAUCGUCCCAAUCCCACUGAAACCCCAAAUCCUGACUCCUGUCUCGCAUGAUCAACAAACGGUAUGAGUGUAGAUAUGGAUAUUUUUUAAACAGUUGGUCCCCGUUAAGAUACCUUGAUAUUUAAACAAUUUCCUCUCUUAAUCUCCCUGUUAUUCAUGAGCUGAUCUGCUAUCUCUAUAAUCAACAACUCGAUUUAGCCAAAUAGGUGAUAUUCUGUCAUUUGUUGAGUUUAUCUAGCAAGUUUAGCGACUUUGGUCAUUUGACUUUACACGUGGUCUGUGGUUGUGAGGCCGGUUGGACGUACUGCUAAAUUCUCUAAAACGAUGUUUUAGAGAAUGGUAGAGAAAUGAACAUUCAAUUCUCUGGCAACAGCUCUGGUGGACAUUACUGCAGUUAGCAUGCCCAUUGCACGCUCCCUCAAAACUUGAGACAUAUGUGGCGUUGUGUAACAAAACUGCACAUUUUAGUGGCCUUUUAUUGUCCCCAGCACAAGGUGCACCUGUGUAAUGAUCAUGCUGUUUAAUCAGCUUCUUGAUAUGCCACACCUGUCAGAUGGAUGGAUUAUCUUGGCAAAGGAGAAAUGCUCACUAACAGGGAUGUAAACAUAUUUGUGCACAACAUUUGAGAGAGAAGCUUUUUGUGCAUAUGGAACAUUUCUGUGAUCUUUUAUUUCAGCUCAUGAAACAUGGGACCAACACUGCAUGUUGUGUUUAUAUUUUUGUUCAGUGUAGCUAAUUACAUUUAGACAAAGCUUUUUCAUUGUUAAAAUAUGCAUAAGAUUUGUUUCCAAAAUAAAUAAUCUCACUCUGUGUAGCAAUGUCACAUACAUUAUUAAAUUUAGACAAAGCCUUUUCAUAGGCCUAUUAUUUUUUUUUAUUCAAAAAAGUAGUAGUGACCUGAGGAGAUUUUGAUAUGAGUAGUCCAAUUGGGCUCCCCGUUUUUGGAUUAAACCUCCUAUGAUGUUAUGCUUUGUAAAUUAACAUUGAAUAUACAGAUUGCUAAUAUCCUCCUUCAUUGCGUUUUGUUGUUUCCCUUAGGGGAGAUGGUGACAUCGCAUGGUUCCAUCGAGCCUGACAAAGACAACAUCCGGGAGGAGCCCUACAGCCUUCCUUCAGGCUUCACGUGGGAUGCCCUGGAUCUGGGCAAUGCCGCUGUGGUGAGGAGGAGCCUCCACAACCCCUCCACCCCAGACUGAGGGUCCCAAAACAAUAUAGUGAUAGCAAUCAAAAUACUUCCCUUUGGUUCUGGUUAUUCCAUCAGCUCACCCCACUUUACCCUACUUAAUUUAACCCUUUCAGUCGUGGCUUUUCCCAUGGCUCAGUCUCUCACUCUUCCUCCUUUUAGCUGAAGGAGCUGUACACUCUGCUCAAUGAGAACUAUGUGGAGGAUGAUGACAACAUGUUCCGCUUUGACUACUCCCCAGAGUUCCUGCUCUGGUAACUCAUUAUUACUUAGCUAUGUCAACUUUGUUACUCAGCUAGUCUCAUUUAUGUAACAAUCUCUUUCAAUAGAGAUCUCUUAUGUUAGAUGUGAUAUCUUUAAAGAGGAGUUUUUUCUGACCAGGAAAACUCUUGGCCCUCAUGUUUUCUAUCGUAGUUGGGAACUGACCUGUAACUGUAAUGUCUCUCUCCCUCAGGGCUCUGCGCCCCCCCGGCUGGCUGCCCCAGUGGCACUGUGGGGUGAGGGUGAACUCCAACCAGAAGCUGGUGGGCUUCAUCAGUGCCAUCCCUGCCAACAUCCGCAUCUAUGACCAGUCAGUGAAUAUGCAUCAUGCUCUUGUUCACACACUUUUAUUACUCCCAUACACUAGUAUUUUAAAUAAUUAAUAUUACAUUCCUAUUGUUAGCUAUAUUAUCUCCUUGAUUAUAUCCUUUCCUGUGUUAAUUUGCUGUAAGAAGUCAGACGUUAAGAGGAGGCCUUACUCACUCUAGACUAUUUUUGUCAUUUAGAAACAAGAAGAUGGUGGAGAUCAACUUCCUGUGCGUCCACAAGAAGCUGCGCUCCAAGCGGGUAGCGCCAGUCCUGAUCCGAGAGAUCACCAGACGGGUCAACCUGAAGGGCAUCUUCCAGGCUGUCUACACCGCUGGCGUGGUACUGCCCAAACCUGUGGGCACCUGCAGGUGGGUCACUGAGAGGCACACCCACCAACCACACCACACCACACCAGACAUAGAUCCAUCCAACCAAAUUCAUAUUUUCUCAAACACAAAAACAAAGUGAAAAGUGGUUAUACAAUCUGUUAUCUGUAUAGGUACUGGCAUCGCUCUCUGAACCCACGCAAGCUGAUCGAGGUGAAGUUCUCUCACCUGAGCCGGAACAUGACUAUGCAACGCACCAUGAAGCUGUACCGUCUGCCUGAGGUGAGUCAGUGAGCAAAGUGCCAUCUAGAGGCUGUCCUCUGCACAACACCCAACCGCUCAGCCAUCACAUGAUGCCUCUAUUUGAAAUGUCUAUUGUGUUGACAUAAAACUCUCCAUUUGAAAAGGAUUACCAUAACCUUCCAUCUCCUUCUCUCCAGGCCCCAAAGACGUCUGGCUUGCGGCCGAUGACCAGGAAGGAUGUUCCGGCUGUGCAUCGCCUGCUCCUGGAGUACCUGAGCCAGUUCCACCUGGCCCCCGUCAUGAGCCCCGAGGAGGUGGAGCACUGGCUGCUGCCCCAGGAGAACAUCAUCGACACCUACCUGGUCGUGGUCAGUACCAUUGUUAAAACGUACACUACCGUAGACACCUAUAACGUUACACAUUACACCUAGUAUAUGAUAUACACUUAGUAGACCAUUAGACAUUACCAUAUAUGGACACCUAUCCAGAUACCCUCUGUAGACGCUUCACUGGCGGAGACAUCUACCUUUAGACAACAUUGUUCACCUUAUGUCACCUUAAUUUCACACACAUCUCAAAUGGAGUGAAUUUUUUUAGUUGGUGACUUAUGUUGGAGGAUGUGUCUUCUCUCCCUGUGGCAGACGUCUGGGGGCAAAGUGACAGACUUCCUGAGCUUCUACACACUCCCCUCUACUAUCAUGAACCAUCCAGUGCACCGCAGCCUCAAGGCAGCCUACUCCUUCUACAACGUGCACACCACCACCACCCUGCUGGACCUGAUGUCUGACGCACUCAUUCUGGCCAAGUCGGUGAGUUGGUCCUCCUGGUUCAGACGACUGGAGGUCAAAUGGGAGAUGGAUUUGGGUACCAGGUCAAAUACUUACUGUGUACAAUGAGUAUACCAACAUUUCCCUUCAGAACAGCCUCAAUUUGUCAGGGCAUGGACUCUACAAGGUGUCAAAAGCGUUCCACAGGGAUGCUGGCCCAUGUUGACUCCAAUGCAUCCCAAAGUUGUGUCAAGUUGGUUGGAUGUCCUUUGGGUGGUGGACUAUGCAUGAUACACACGGGAAACUGUUGAGCAUGAAAAACCCAGCAGCAUUGCAGUUCUUGACACAAACCGGUGCGCUUGUUACCUACUACCAUAACCCGUUCAAAGGCACUUAAAUCUUUUGUCUUGCCCAUUCACCCUCUGAAUGGCACAUACACAAUCCAUGUCUGAAUUGUCUCAAGGCUUACAAAUCCUUAUUUAACCAGUCUCCUCCCCUUCAUCUACACUGAAGUUGAUUUAACAAGGGGCAUCAAUAAGGGAUCAUAGCUUUCACCUGGAUUCACCUGGUCAGUCUGUCAUGGAAAGCGCAGGAGUUCUUAAUGUUUUGUGUCCUCAGUGUAUAAUUCACCUUUAUCUAACUUAAUCCCUCUCCCCCAUCUCUCUCCGUAUCCCCCUCUCUCAUCCAUAUCUAUUGUCAAUAUCCAGAAAGGGUUUGACGUUUUCAAUGCACUGGACCUGAUGGAGAAUAAGACUUUCCUGGAGAAGCUGAAGUUUGGCAUCGGAGAUGGAAAUCUACAGUAUUAUCUGUACAAUUGGAAGUGUCCUAGCAUGGGGUCAGAGAAGGUGCGUCAUGAUGCCCAUAGUUCAUAUUUACUGAUAGUUCAGUCAGUUCCUAGAGUGAUUACUAUUUUUCACAUUGAUAUCAAUUAUCCAUGGUAAUAUGAUGAUAAUGAAACAGUGUUUUGUGUUACCUAGACUGUACUGUAAACCAAUGAGAUCAUGCCUAUGGAGAUAUGCACCACUAAGAGCUAAAUAUGUUUUUUUUCUGGUACAAAAGGAGGAAGUGUUAUAAAUGAGAUAGGGAACUGUUGACUUGAUUAUCUUGUUAUCGCAGUUAAGCCAGGCAGAGAAGUAUACAGGCUUCACAGAUGUCAUCGUGUGUUCUCAUUUGAACUUCUGGUGAAACUAUCAUAAGCUUCCCUUUUCUGUGGUUCACAGGUUGGCUUGGUACUACAGUGACACCCCUCUUCACCCCAUCCCCACUGAGCUUCACAGUUAGGCCAGGAGACCACACAAUGCACUGACCACCUGACAGAUGGACCGAUGGACUUCCUUCUUCAGGAAAGAGAACCCACCGCCCAUUUUUACUUUUUGACCUUUGAACUUUGACCUGCACUACCGCUGCCAGGCAGGGAGUCGGGGUAGUUGGUCCUUCUCCACACUCACUCUCUCUCCCUCCCAUCACAUGGACCUUAAGCCAUUGUAGUUACCAUCCCAUAUAACAAUUUGAAGUCUGUAAUGAUUGUACCAGAAAUCAUAUAAACACACUGCACAAUUCACCAUAUAACACACACACACGUAUAACUACACAACAUACAUGUACAGUAAGACAAACAUGACAGGAAAAUUAUACUAACACAUACUCACUAGACGCUAACAUUGUAUUAUCCUUCAUGUGUGCGACACGCUUUUGCAAAACAAAUCUCAUCAUCCCCAAAGUAAAGUUUUAGAGAGAGAAAUCUAAACAAUCAAAAACAUUUAAAAAGGAAGAAAAAUAAAUAAGGUAAUUAAUAUCCAAAGUGGACACGACAAGGGCUUCUAUCAAUGUUAUUUCUUCUCUCGAUACUGAGGCUUGAACCUGCAGAUUUACUAUCAACCCCUCAAUUUUCUUCACUGUAGGCAUUCUAGAGUUCACUCUGUACACAGCUGACUGAGGGGUAAAUGAGGGGUUUUGUCCUUCAUCUUUUUUUAAAUAUAUAUUUUUUGUCCCAUCUGUACUAACUGCCGUGACCCAUUCAGAAGCCCUGUUCAGAAGAAAAUACAACGGUUACUGUUAAAUGGAACAGCUGUCAUCACCAAGAACUUAACAAUGUGGAGUAGUUCGGACAUUUUUUAAAAGUUUUUUUUAAGUUGAGGCCGGGAGAGCAGAUAUCUGGAGGGG